GGGCAGCUCUGCCGCGGAGCUCUGUGGAGAAGCGAAGCGUUUCGGGUCUUUGCGUUUCCUGGGCUCCGCGCUGAGUGACUCACAAGAACGCUCGAGGCCGAAAGUGAAUGUGAUUUUAUUGUAUAUCGGUUCUGGAUGUUCUGCGGACUGUUCCAGGAGGAUGACAGAGACAGGUUUUCUUCUUGCUCUUUGACGCUGUAAGGAGGAGUGGGGACUUCAAAUGUAGCAUGAAACUGAGAAUAAUCAACACGGAAAAAGCCAUCUUCCAGGGACAUCACUGGGAGGAAUCUGUGACCCCAAAGAACUUCAUCUUCUGUAUAUGAGGUCCUAGCUUGACACGUCAUUCCUGCGGAGAUAGAGAUGAGGAUGACAUCAUAACAUAAGCAAAUAGGCUAGUGGUGCUUCUUAAGACAGGAGUCACGUAAGAAUGCUGUACUCCUCUACAUGCGUGCAGAGGCUGGCUAGGAACUGGCAGAGAGUGUCUCUUCUUAAAUGUACUGCAUCAGUAGUGAAGAGCCCUAUGGCAAAGAGAGGUCUCCUUUAGCAUGAUGGAGGCCAACAAAGGUUGGUAGCUUAUGAUAAGAUGUUACAGAGCACGCAAGGAUCAACAACUGCCAAGACUGAAGAUUAACAAAUAGAGCACACAUGUUACCAUGUUACAGUGUCUUACCUGUAGUCUCAACAAUUCCUUCAAGGAUGACAACUAUUUCAAAUUGCUCGCUUCUUAGCGAUCUUUGUGAGAGACAGAAAAAGGGGCUCUUUGAGUUAAUUUCAUGACAGAUGGUUAAUGGAGAAACUAAGAACAGCUGGUCAGCUCCUGUUCCAAAUCCAACAUCCAGCUCACACUGGUCUAGAGGCAGAAAUUCUCCCUCUGGUGUCUGUCGGGACUAGAGAUAGAAAGACAGUUCAGUAAGCACUGUGUGAAGCAAGACACAAGGAGUAAUGCAAUUAAGUUUAAACCUGCCUCUCUGAUGACGUUAUUGACUCUGUAUUAGGUCAUCAUGUAAAGAUAUAAGUAGUGCUAUGCAUACGAAGUUGAUUUAUAUGAACAGUGUUGACAUUUAUCAUGCCACCAGAUCUCAUCAUCAUCUACAGACUUCAUUAUGACAUUAUACAUAUUUUACAAAUCACUGAGAAUAGUAUCAGGUACCACACUUUACUCCUUAUGACAGAUACUUGUUGUGGACAUCUUGCAGCAAAAAUUCCCAUUGGUGUGAACAGAAUCAACAAGCUUGGCAUGUUUUAAUGCACUGUUUGGAUUCAUGUUACAUUAUUUUUAUGUGUUACUAAAUUUUGUUUUGCAGAAACUGCGAUGUGCAUGCUCAAAGGACUUUAAGGACUGCCUCUGACUCGCAGUUCAGAAGGAAGAAACCAGUCGUGCUGAUUGAAGUUGAACAUUUGUGCCUGAGAUUACAAACAAAGCCAUGCCAGUGCUUUCAGAAGACUCAGGUUUACAUGAAACUUUAGCCCUUUUGACAUCUCAGCUACGACCUGAUUCAAAUCAUAAAGAGGAAAUGGGGUUCCUUAAGGAUGUCUUCAGUGAAAAGAGUCUCAGCUACCUGAUGAAGAUUCAUGAGAAGCUCCGUCAUUAUGAAAGGCAGAGUCCAACUCCUGUUCUGCAUAGCGCAGCAGGAUUAGUUGAAGAUGUAAUAGAAGAAUUGCAGACUGCACCAGUGAAUAAUGAAGAAAAAGAGCUGCUUCAGCUGCUGUCAACACCACAUCUCAGGGCAAUGCUUGUAGUACACGACACUGUAGCACAGAAGAACUUUGACCCAGUCCUUCCACCUCUGCCAGAUAACUUUGAUGAUGAUUUUGAUGAAGAAUCAGUGAAAAUUGUUCGGCUAGUGAAAAAUAAAGAGCCCUUGGGAGCUACCAUCAGAAGAGAUGAGCAUACAGGGGCUGUGAUUGUAGCAAGGAUCAUGAGAGGUGGUGCAGCUGAUCGCAGUGGUCUUGUCCACGUUGGAGAUGAACUGAGAGAAGUCAAUGGUAUCGCUGUGCUUCACAAACGACCCGAAGAAAUAAGUCAGAUUUUGGCACAGUCUCAGGGAUCGAUAACAUUAAAAAUAAUUCCAGCCAUCAAAGAAGAAGAUCGUCUAAAAGACAGCAAGGUGUUUAUGAGGGCCCUUUUCUGCUAUAAUCCCAAAGAAGACAGAGCCAUUCCCUGCCAGGAGGCUGGUCUGCCCUUCAAGAGACGACACAUCCUGGAAGUUGUAAGCCAAGAUGAUCCUACAUGGUGGCAAGCAAAGCGUGUUGGAGACACCAACCUCAGAGCAGGCUUGAUCCCCUCGAAGCAGUUCCAAGAGAGGCGAUUGACAUACAGAAGAAGUAUAGGCACCCAGCCGAAUCCCAGAACUGUGAAGAAGCCAUUAUAUGAUCAGACUUCUGAUAAAGAGGACUGUGACUGUGAGGGAUAUUUCAAUGGACAAUACAUAGCUGGCUUACGCAGGAGCUUUAGGUUAAGUCGUAAAGAGAAGGAGAACAAUCCUAACGAAGCAAAGCAGGCAGACCAGGCAGAUGCAGCAGAGCUCCUAACGUAUGAGGAGGUCACAAAAUACCAGCAGCAGCCUGGGGAGCAGAGGAGGCUGAUUGUUUUGAUUGGUUGUUUGGGAGCCAGAUUGAAUGAGCUCAAACAGAAGGUUGUGUCAGAGAACCCACAGGAGUACGGUGUUGCAGUUCCACAUACAACGAGGUCAAAGAAAAGUCAUGAGAAAGAGGGAGUAGAAUACAACUUUGUCUCUAAGCAAUCAUUUGAGACAGAUGUGCAGCAAAACAAAUUUGUGGAACAUGGAGAAUACAAAGAAAACCUGUAUGGCACAAGUCUUGAGGCAAUCCGGUCUGUGAUGGCCAAAAAGAAAGUUUGUUUGGUGGAUGUGGUUCCUGAAGCAGUGAAGCACUUGAGGACUCCUGAAUUUAAGCCUUAUGUUAUCUUUGUGAAGCCCCUCAUUCCAGAAAAGAAAAAAAAUGUCUUAAAAUCUCCUGUAUCAGAAGAAAUCUCAGCACCCCUUCAGGAUGAAGAACAGCAGGAAAUUAUUAAUUCAGCAGCAUUCAUCGAAGAGCACUAUGGCCAUUUAAUUGACACUACGCUGGUGAAAGAAGAUCUCCAGAGUGCAUGUAAUCAGCUUAAAACUGUGCUAGAUAAGCUAAACAAGGAUUCAUUUUGGGUGCCAGUCAGCUGGGUUAGGUCAUAGUUUGCUAUCAUCUGUUUAAAGGAAAGAAUUUAUUUAAAAAGCCUUGUAAAUAUAUGGAUUACAAAAGGGAAAUAUGUUGAUUUCACUUCAAAACUGCCAUUCUCUCUAGAAAGUAACAUGUAAAGACUACAGAGGGAAAAAAUAAAGUCAGAAGCUGAUACUGCCUUCUUGAAUUGGAAUCCUGAGUACCAGCUGUGCACUCUCAGCCUGAACAGGUUAGUAAAAGACUGGAGUGACUUUUUAGACUGCAAAUAGUGCGCUUUGUAAGGCAAAAAUGUGCAGAGGGUCCCAUAUUCCAAAAGCACUGAAGCAAUGCUAGGACAGCCAGAAGCUUCAGCAUUUGGCCAGACCUUGUGUGGCAUCUGACCAAGGUACUUUGUUCAGGAACAAGUCUGCUACUUGAGGGGUGAGGGAGAGUGCCCACACCCUGUCAGUUACUUAAAGGUUCAGCUGGCUUUCUUCCACUCAGGGUUACUGGUUGCAAACCCUUUCUAAUUAGGCACAAAAACUCAACUGGCUCUGUAAAUCGUCUGUGUUUUAGCAGCUGAGAGGUGGCGGUGGGAUUCUUGUUCAUAUUGUUGGUUUUGGUUUUCAAGCUCAGCCCUUUCCCAGUGCUUCUGGCUGUCUCGCAUAGGUAGUAAUUAGUCUGCUCAGCAAUGGCUUGUGCCCACUUUCCCACUCGCUCAGGAUAGAUGUUAAGCAACCUGUAAGCAUACCUGUGUGACUGAUCCAGCUCAUAACCCAGGGACAUUCUUUAGUCUACCUGAAAAGUGUGUAUGGUGUAAAACGUGACUUGAAGAAGCUUAUUUUCUGCAUCUUUGCAAAUGCCAACUGCUGGGGUGCCACGUGGACAGCAACAGAACAGCUCUGCAAAGGCUGCUGGGAGGAGGAGGCUGAAACACCAGGAAGCUGAGCUACAGCACCAACUCAUCUUUCUCCCAGCACUUAUGAAUGCCUUUGUUGCAAACCAAGUGAAGAGAGCCAGAGCGUGCACUUGGCUCCAUCAUGUCUUGAAGAGGAAAUCUUAUCUGUUGAAGGACUUGGCAGAUAAGAAUAUACAGCUUUUUAAGGUGGGCAAGACUAAGAAAAUGCAUUGAUAUUUGUGGAGUAUGGUGCAGGUGUGUAUUACCUGAAACUUGUUCCGGUUUUCCAUUGCCUGUUGAGUUCUGAUCUUUCCUCUGUACUGUGCCCUCUAACAACACCUUCUGGUACACUAGUCUCAUUCUUUUAACAGUGUGAUGUUAUUCUUGUUCCAGAGCAUUCAGAAAAACUAACACCAUUGCUUAUUAAAAGCGUUUUUCUUA